AUGGAUAAUUUUUUGUCUUCUCUGACUAAGUCUGUAUCAGAUGCUUGUCAAAGUGCCGGUAGUAUUGACAUUGAAAGUCUGAUAGAUGAAUUCGAAGCUACAAGUACCAACUUAGCCAGACCUCUCUUCACUAGUGAAAACGACAAGUGUAAUAUCACAGAUUUGGCGACUGCAACAUCAAAUAGUUUUUGUACCAGCCGUGAAAUUAUUGGGACGCCAGAGAUAGCGCUAAAACUCUCGAAGUACCCAAAAACGAUCAAGUUUGUUUACCCUUCAGAAGAUGAGAUUAAGACUGAACAGCUUGGUGCUCCACAUAUGUCAGUUCCCAAGUCAUCAAAUCAAGCUAAGGAUGCCCGUAGUCCAGACUUCGAUGAUAGCUUCACCAGUUUGGAUCUGACCCAAAUCAUGAAUGUAUCUGAAAUGAAUAAUCACAAAAGUUCUACGUCACUUCUGAUUGCUGACCAAACGAUUUCAGAUUUGUCACAGCCAUUGAUGGUUGCUGAAAAGACUUCACUUCUCUCCGACUUGACGAACAUUCGAAGUGAAUUCAAAACCCCAGUUAGUUUUAAGGUCCCCGGAGAAAGCUCAUCCCAAUCACCCAUUAAGAAUGACUUGAAUAAAUGCGAAUCAUUGCUAAGUAACUCAGGUGAUUCGUCUUAUUUAAAUAAACUAGUGGCAGAUCCUCUUUGCAAGAAUGUUUCAACAAAUUUGGAAGACAAUCCUACCGACGUUUCCACAAACAAACAAAUGAUCGGCAUUGAAAUUUCCCAACAAUCUACAUCAACAAUUCAAGGAGUCGAAUAUGGUACUACAUUCGUUAACUCCGACCGUACAUCGGAUAAAAAUCCAUAUUUUACCGGCUUCAAGACUGGUAAGGGAGAUUCAGUGUCCUUGUCGAGUGCAUCAUCACGGAAGAUUGCUCAAUCACUUGUUGAUUCGUUGGAUGUUGUUGACGAUGGAGUUGUUGUGGGAGGUGGUAAGAAUUCUGAUAUCCGUGAUAGUUGUUUCACUGGAUUCAAGACUGGUAAGGGAGAUUCAGUGUCCUUGUCGAGUGCAUCAUCACGGAAGAUUGCUCAAUCACUUGUUGAUUCGUUGGAUGUUGUUGACGAUGGAGUUGUUGUGGGAGGUGGUAAGAAUUCUGAUAUCCGUGAUAGUUGUUUCACUGGAUUCAAGACUGGUAAGGGAGAUUCAGUGUCCUUGUCGAGUGCAUCAUCACGGAAGAUUGCUCAAUCACUUGUUGAUUCGUUGGAUGUUGUUGACGAUGGAGUUGUUGUGGGAGGUGGUAAGAAUUCUGAUAUCCGUGAUAGUUGUUUCACUGGAUUCAAGACUGGUAAGGGAGAUUCAGUGUCCUUGUCGAGUGCAUCAUCACGGAAGAUUGCUCAAUCACUUGUUGAUUCGUUGGAUGUUGUUGACGAUGGAGUUGUUGUGGGAGGUGGUAAGAAUUCUGAUAUCCGUGAUAGUUGUUUCACUGGAUUCAAGACUGGUAAGGGAGAUUCAGUGUCCUUGUCGAGUGCAUCAUCACGGAAGAUUGCUCAAUCACUUGUUGAUUCGUUGGAUGUUGUUGACGAUGGAGUUGUUGUGGGAGGUGGUAAGAAUUCUGAUAUCCGUGAUAGUUGUUUCACUGGAUUCAAGACUGGUAAGGGGGAUUCAGUCUCUUUAUCGAUUGCAUCCUCGGAUAAUUCGGCCCAGUGUCAUGUGGAUUCGUUCCUGAUUUCUGACGAUACGAAAAGUGGAGGAAGUUGUUCGAAGUCGAGCAUUGUUCAUCCAUGUAAUACUGCGAAUACUGGGCCUUCCUGUGUAAAUAGUGAUAAAUAUGAUGUUGCUAAAGGAAUUCCUUCUUCGGCAUUGUCUACCAAUGAAAUUGAUUUGUUAGAUGGAUGCUACUUUGACACUCAAUUCGACAUUUCAUGUGAACUAUCAAAGGAUGGAUCGCAAAUAAUCGAAAUAGACAUGGAAUUAGAAGUGGAUCGCCAAAAUGCACGAACUGACCAGCAGAAUCUUAUAGCAAAUAAACAGUCAGUCAUUGCAUCCAAUGAAAAUGCCUGUGUUUCCGGACCUGCCUUGCCUAAAUUGCGACCAUGUGGACUUCUAUGGGGUAUACGUAGACAACACAACGAUAAUAAUAAUAAUAAUAAUAAUAAUAAUAAUAAUAAUAAUAAUAGUUCUUUGAGUACUUCAAACAGGCAAUCAUUCUUAAAGUGGAAUUCUCUCCUUAGUAACCAAAAGCCAUGUACUUCUGGGAUUCGUUUACCAAAAUAUAUAAGGUGCUCAGAAGAUGCAACUAAAUGGUCUCUACAGACAGCAGACAAACUCUACUGGCUUUGGGAUAUGAAGUAUGCUGUAGAUGCAGGAUCCAUAGAUACUAUUCCUGUGGAUUAUAAAUAUAAUAAUUUUACCCUAAUUCCUGAUAAAUUAGGACGUGUCGGUAAACAAGAAAUUUUAAACGCAUUUUUGAGUUGUCCUGAAAUUUGUUCAAAUCUUAUAUCGUAUGGAUGGAUUGAAAAUCAUUAUUUACAAAUAAUGUGGAAAAUUGGCAGUAUUGCUUUACUUUAUAAUCAUUUAUGCACAACAGUACUCAGUGAUUAUUGUACACCUAGUCGUGUUUUAGAUGAGUUACGCUAUCGUUAUGAUCGUGAAAUUGAAGGUUGUCAGAGGUCAGCUCUUCGAAAAGUUAUCGAACAAGAUGAUACUGCAGCACGACGCUUAAUACUGACUGUCAGUUAUUUGGAUAUUUCGGAGAACUGUGUAAAGGCUCGCUUGACAGAUGGUUGGUAUCAAAUAUUAUGGAAUCCAGAUCCAAUGUUAAUCGCUCUUAUUAAAUCUGGAAAAAUUCGUGUUGGUUCCAAGCUUGUUACAGCGAAUGCUGAAUUAAUUAUAACCAACCCGUCGGGUGGUGGUAAUAGUCGAACCAAACGGAAAUUUUCUUCUGGUGAUGCAUCAUUGCAUGAUGAAUUCAGACACCUAUACGGAGAUCAUGGUUCAGCUGUUGGAAUGUCAUUAAAACUACAUGGAAAUUCUACACGACCUGUAACCUGGUAUUCAAGUCUUGGCUUCUCUGUGAAACAGCCCAAUUCAGGUUGUGGUAUGUAUCCGGUACCUUUGUGCACUCUUAGUCCUGAUGGAGGAUUGUGCAGUUCAAUUCGUGUAGUAAUUCAACGUCGAUAUUCCUUACAGUAUAUGGAAACAAUAGAAAUUUCAGAACAGAAUACAGAUGCUUCAACUACCUUAUCACGCACAAAUUCUGGUACAGAUGAAUCACUUGGCAAGUUUCGACGACGUCGAAUUUUCCGCAGUGAACGAGCUGAAGAGGCAGAAGUUAGAGCACAUGAAAUUUUAAGGCGUCAAGUGAUAGAUACCGCUCUAGACAAACUUGUAUUCAGUGAUCCAGGUAAACGUCGAAUUCAGCCUACACGUGAACAACUCAUCGCUUUGGGAAAUGAUGGAGAAGCAUUACUCCACAUGAUUCUAAAUGCUCCAGACUCAGCUGAGGCGGAAUCAAAUCUGACCGUUCUACAACGUGAUGCUAUACAACGUUAUAAAGAGUCUGUUAUUCAUGAUGCAGUAGCUGAAAGUGUCCCAUCUAGACAGGUCACACCUCUUCUGCGUUUAAGAGUUUUAGGUCUUCAUCCAAAAGAUAUCGCCAGUAAUUACGGCGCUUCUAUAACUUUAUGGAGUCCAACAGAUGAAAUGUUGUCAAUUUUAAAAGAAGGAGAAGUUGUUGAAUUUUAUCGUUUACAAGUGUCUACUACACGUGUUAAUGAUCCAUUUGCAUCAGUUCCACCAAAUUCAGGAUUUGUUAAACCUAUCGGAAUCAAUAUUCCUCAUGGUUUUGUAUUGAGCUUGUCUGGAGGACGUACAACACGUAUCUUUUCAUUAGGUCAUAUAUCCAAGUUGAAAGCAGUUAUACCUAACGAUACAACAACUACUUGUGUAUAUAAACCAAGAAUUGCAUUAAGUGUUUCUGAUGUUCAUCGAAUCGCUUUGGAACAAGAUGAAACACUAUUAAAUUCAUAUAACAAAGGAAAUAUUGAAGUUGAUAUGCGUUGUUUAAUUAUAGCAGUGUAUCAUACGUCGAAUAAACCGUCUGUCUUUCGUAAAGAUCAAUCUAGCACUGUUAAACUAGGUGAUACUAAUGCUAUCAAAUUUCCUAGCUCUGAUGUUGAUUGUGUAUAUACAACUGAUGUGAUCUGUGGAUCGGAAAUGUGUUUAUCUGUGAUCAAAUUUUGGGAUGGUUUACAAACUCUUCAUCUAACCGACAUUGUUCAAGUUGGUCGUGUAUUAUCUUUCACUGACUUACAAAUACGUCGAUGUCAAACAAUCAAUACUGUGUCUAGAAUGAAUCAACCGACACGUACAAUCCCUCUUACUACUUUGAAUUAUACUUCUGCAAGUAAUGUUACCUCUGAGAAAGCUACUAUUCGACGUUCCGGUCCAAUGACAUCAACUAAUGAGACUGAUCCUGCUACUGUUUCAUAUCUUCAACAAGUUGUCAAAGACUAUUUAUGCUCAAAAUCAGGCUAUAAUCCAAAUCUUCACAUAUCUGAUUCGCCUUUAAAUCAGACAAAAUCUGUUCCACUAUUCUUGACAAAUAAUACACCAAAUUCUACAGGUAUUGGUUUAUCUGCUUUGUUACGAGGCUCCCCAUCUGGUCGUAUGCAUUCAACUCCGUUAAGUAGUAAUACUCCGAAAAGGCCUAUUCUUCCCCUUCAUGAUGAUUACUUACUACCUUCGAAAUCAGUUUGUGAAUCGCCAAAUAAAUCGGUGCUGAGACAAGGUCUACCAUUGAAAGAACAAAAUUUUACUCCGAUUAAAAGAUUUACUCCAACGAAUGAAUUUCAACCACAGAAACAGCAAAGUUGUGAAUCGCCAAUACAAAAUACUUCUACCAAUAGUCCCUACGUUCGAACUUUACCAAAUCGAAGUGCAUCGCGUACAGGACUUUCACGGAAGACACGUUCUCGUUCAAGCUUAGUUGGACCAUCAAAUUCUCUAUCCUCCAUAUCAGCAUCAGUUGUACCAGAUAAAAAGACUGUCAACGAUGAUGAUAAACAAUUUGAAAGUGUUCAGGUCACAAAAUCACCGCCUCCAAGUAUUCCUCCAAUGCCUAUUGCUGUUGAUGAUUUAUGCGUUACACCUGAACCAAAAGCUAAACGUUGUCGUAGUUCACAGCCUUGUGACAAUAAUAAUGAUAAUAAUAAUAAUAAAGAUGAAAAUCCAGAUGGUAAGGAGAAUUUAGUGUCAAUCCCAUCGCCUAAGGAUAUUUUAAGUUCGUCAGAUUCAGAAGAUAAAGACAUAUCUCCCUCGAAUUCUUUUAAAUUACAAUCAUCUUUCAAUCUAAAUGAUUCUCCGAUGUUUUCAAGUUCUCAGUUUGAAAAUGAUUCAUUUGAUAGUUCAGAUUUAAGUAUAGCAGAUCUAGUGAAAACUCGUCAACGUCGUCAAGCAAGUAGAACACCUCAAGCGAUGUCUACACCACCGACACCAAAAACACCCAUCAGUCCAUUACUACCAUCUAAUCGUCGUUUAUCAUUGAAAAGAGUUUCAAAAUGA